UUUGAAAUACAAUUAUUGCUAAUAGUCUUGUUUUGUAAUAGCUCAACAGGAGGACUUAAUUUUGGAACUCUGGGCUCUUCCACUGCUACAGCAACUACAUCAGCUCCUUCAGUGGGCUUUGGGACUGGACUUUUUGGAUCAAAAUCAACCACUGGCUUUACGCUAGGAGGCACCAGUACAGGAACAGCAACAACUAUGGCAACAGGACUGGCGCUAGGCACACCUGCCACCACGUCAGCAGCUACCACAGGCUUUAGUUUAGGUUUCAACAAACCUGCAGGCUCAGCCACACCAUUUGCUUUACCUGUGACUUCUACCUCAGCGGGUGGCCUGUCCUUAUCAUCUGCUCUGACAUCAACUCCUGCAGCAGGAACUACUGGCUUUACAUUAAAUUUGGGUGGCACAACUGCUCCAACUACAACUGCUUCCACAGGCCUUUCCUUAGGAGGUGCCUUAGCGGGUUUAGGAGGUUCACUCUUCCAGAAUACAAGCACAGCAGCAACAGGACUUGGGCAGAAUGCUUUGGGCUUGACUCUGGGGACAACUGCGGCUCCUUCAACAACUGCCAAUGAAGGUCUUGGUGGCAUAGAUUUUAGUAGUUCUUCAGACAAAAAGAGUGACAAAACAGGAACAAGACCAGAAGAUAGCAAAGCACUGAAGGAUGAAAAUCUACCUCCAGUAAUCUGUCAAGAUGUAGAAAAUCUACAGAAAUUUGUGAAAGAACAAAAACAAGUUCAGGAAGAAAUUAGUAGAAUGUCCUCUAAAGCAAUGCUUAAAGUACAAGAAGACAUUAAAGCUUUGAAACAGCUCCUGUCUGUAGUUGCCAGUGGAUUACAGAGAAACACUCUUAAUAUUGACAAACUGAAAGUUGAAACUGCACAGGAGCUAAAGAAUGCAGAAAUAGCAUUACGAACACAGAAAACUCCUCCUGGUCUUCAGCAUGAAAACACAGCCCCAGCAGACUACUUCAGAAUCUUGGUUGAACAGUUUGAAGUACAGCUGCAGCAAUACAGGCAACAAAUAGAAGAGCUGGAAAAUCAUCUUGCUACUCAAGCAAAUAGUUCACACAUGACUCCACAAGAUUUGUCUAUGGCUAUGCAGAAAAUCUACCAAACAUUUGUAGCUUUAGCCGCACAACUUCAAUCAAUACACGAAAAUGUAAAGAUGCUCAAAGACCAAUACCUUGGCUACAGGAAAAGCUUUCUGGGAGAUGCCAUGGAUGUGUUUGAGGCAAGACGAACAGAAGCCAAGAAGUGGCAGAGCGCGCCACGUGUUACCACUGGACCAACCCCUUUCAGCAACAUACCAAAUGCUGCAGCUGUUGCGAUGGCUGCAACACUUACUCAGCAGCAGCAGCCUGCUACAGGGCCACAGCCAUCUCUGGGAGUUAGUUUUGGAACGCCAUUCGGCUCAGGUAUUGGCACUGGCUUGCAAUCAAGUGGCUUAGGUUCUUCAAGCCUUGGAGGAUUUGGAAGUAGCUCUGCCUUUGGAAGUAGUGCCACAGGAGCAUCAUCAUUUGGGUUUGGAACUACAAGUAAACCAUCGGGAAGUCUAAGUGCAGGCUUUGGGAGCUCUACUACAUCUGGGUUUAACUUCAGCAAUCCUGGCAUCACAGCAUCAGCUGGCCUGACGUUCGGGGUGUCUAAUCCUGCGUCUGCAGGCUUUGGGACAGGAGGGCAACUUCUUCAGCUGAAGAAACCUCCAGCUGGAAACAAGCGAGGGAAAAGAUAGGCAUCCCUUUUUAGGGAAGGGGAAGCACAUCAACUUUGUUCAUCUGAAAAGUCUAUUUUUCUAGAUUGAUGCAUUAAUUAAAUUGCAUCCCAGGAGAUUUAUAAAAAUUUUGCUACUUUUCCCUAGUCUGAAAUACAAAAUGAAGUCAUACUGAACAGCUAUUUUCUUGUGAAUAGAAACCUGUUUAUGUAUUUUUAUUUUGGGCCCUAGUUUUAGAAAUGUUCUAUACUGCAUUAUUAUUAAAGAAUCUUGUAAAAUCAUCUAUUUAACCUAAUGUUAGUAGCAGAAUAUUUUUUGUUAAUAAGCUUUAUACCAUAUGAAUAUAUGCAUAUUUGGUUUUUUGUACAGAAAAAAUAUAUUCUAGUACAAAUACUAGAGUUCAUAUCUUCUGUUCCUGGAUAUGGCCUUUAAAUCUACUUCAGGGUGUUUUUGUGUAUAUGGAUGUAAAUAUAUACAGUACAGUGCACACAUCUGUGUGUAUGUAUGUGUAUAUAUAUAUGUAUAAAACACAGAUGUGCAUACCUUUCCCCACA